CGUAAUUGGGAUCCAUAAUUUCACUCAAUGAAAAAUCCAUUUUCCUGAUUCACCUUUGCUCUUCAUAGGCCUCUCUCUGCUCACACACUGUACGUCGUAUGACAGAUAGGCUAAUAAACUGGUUUGUACAGUUUAUAUACAUGUUUUUCCAUGUUUAUUAAAAUAAAAUUUUCCGAUUUAUAAACCAUUUUGGAGCCUCCGUGGUUGAUAGGAAAAUGGGUAUUUGUUAUCUCCUUCAAUGAUGUCUAAAACCUGAACUGAACACUAGGUGAAUCAAAGCUAAAUAUGCUCUUCGAUGGUGGGCUUUUGAGUUGAAGUAUUUUGGGAAGGUUAUUUGAAUCCUCAUAAUUUUUUCUCUUGAUCUGGCCAGAUUUUAAGGUCUCAGAGCCAAUAGCAAAUCCUGCAGUUUCAAUUUCUUGUUGCUUUGUGGGUUUCUAGAUUCAGCCCCAUCAAUUCAUUAGCUGGGGUUUGUGACAGAUGAGGAUUUCAUCUAUGUUGGAAGUGAUUGGAAGAAAGAUGUAGUGAAAAUUCUUGAGAGCUUUAUGAAUUCGGUAAUUCUAACCUGAAGGAUCUGAAUAAUGCAAGAUGGAUGGUGGUAAUAAGACCAUAGUUUGGUUUAGAAGGGACCUGAGGAUUGAGGAUAAUCCUGCUUUAGUUGCUGCUGCAAGGGAUGGUUGUGUCUUUCCUGUGUAUAUUUGGUGUCCUAAAGAGGAAGGGCAAUUCUAUCCCGGUAGAGUUUCGAGAUGGUGGUUGAAACAGUCUCUUGCUCACUUGGAUCAGUCCUUGAAAUCACUUGGGGCUGAACUUGUGCUGAUUAAAACCGAAAGUACUUUCGAUGCUCUCUUGGAGUGUAUCAACGCCACUGGAGCAACAAAAGUAGUCUUUAACCAUCUUUAUGAUCCUGUUUCACUUGUUCGUGAUCACAGCGUCAAAAAAAAACUUGUGGAGUUAGGCAUUUCGGUGCAGAGCUUUAAUGCAGAUUUGUUGUUCGAGCCAUGGGAAAUUUAUGAUGAACAAGGAAAUGCAUAUACAAACUUUGAGUCUUAUUGGAAUAAGUGCUUGGACAUGCCAAUGGAACCUACUUCAUUUCUUCCUCCAUGGAAAUUGUUACCAGCAGCAGCAGCAGCAGGAAGAAUCAAAAAAAGUUCAAUUGAUGAUUUGAAUCUCGAAAAUGAAUCAGAAAAAUCAAGUAAUGCCCUUUUAGGAAGAUCAUGGUCUCCAGGUUGGAGCAAUGCUGAUAAAGUCUUAACUGAAUUUAUUGAGGUGCACCUUGUUGAAUAUUCAAAUAAUAGGCUAAAGGUUGGAGGAAACUCCACAUCACUUCUGUCUCCAUAUCUUCAUUUCGGAGAACUGAGUGUGAGGAAGGUUUUCCAGUGUGCUCGAACAAAACAGAUUCUGUGGGUUAAAGAAGGGAACUCUGUAGGGCAAGAAAGUGUUACUCUUUUUCUCAGGGCCCUCGGGCUUAGAGAAUACUCUCGUUACCUUUGUUUCAACUUCCCGUUCACCCACGAGAGGUCGUUGUUGAUCAACUUGAAAUUUUUCCCAUGGCAAGCCAACCAGGCACGUUUUAAGGCUUGGAGACAGGGAAAAACUGGCUACCCUUUGGUUGAUGCAGGAAUGAGAGAGCUUUGGGCGACCGGGUGGAUACACAACAGAAUUAGAGUCAUUGUUUCAAGUUUUGCGGUGAAGGUUUUGCUUCUACCUUGGAGAUGGGGAAUGAAGUAUUUCUGGGACACACUUUUGGAUGCAGACUUGGAAAGUGAUAUACUUGGUUGGCAGUAUAUCUCAGGAAGUUUACCGGAUGGCCACGAGCUUGAGCGUCUGGACAGUCCCGAGCUUCAAGGCUCAAAAUUUGAUCCAGAGGGAGAAUAUGUGAGGCAAUGGCUGCCUGAACUAGCACGAUUACCAACUGAGUGGAUCCAUCAUCCAUGGGACGCACCAGAAUCUGUGCUUAAAGCGUCAGGGGUCGAGUUGGGUUUCAACUAUCCAAAACCCAUUAUUGAUCUAGAUUCAGCAAGAGAACAUUUGACUGAGGCUAUAUUCAAGAUGUGGGAAAUGGAAGCAGCUUCAAAGGAUGGAAAAUCAAGUGGGAAAGAUGAAGUUGUUGUUGAUAACUCGGACCGGAUUGCAAAUCUGCCUGUUAAAAUGGUUGCCUUCAAGGAAGAAAAAGCUUUGCGAUGUCCUACCAAUUCAUCAAAUGAUCAGAUGGUGCCAACUUCACAAAAUCUGAAAACCAAUCCAAUUAACAGGAAGAGAUCAAAACAUGUGGAAGAGGAGAGAGACACGCCGAAUAAUUUGGGCAAUGUUGAUAAGGCCGGGACAUCAAGAGCAGAUAAAGAGUUGCGUUCAACAGCUGAAUCUUCAUCUGCUAAGAAGCAGACUACAAGCAGGGAUUCAUUUUCUGUCCCACAAUCAUGUUCAUUGACAAAAGGCAAGCCUUCUCAGGAGUGUGAAUCUUCCGAACUGCUGUGGCCGCAGCAACAACAGGUUGACGUGGAACAGAGUUCAACCGGAGAUGGAGCUAUGGAAGAUUAAUGUCUCUCUCAUCAAAAAAUUCACUGGCAAGAAUGUUGUUCUUCGACGAAAACGAUUAUUCUGCUUUUCAGUUCUGCAAUUUUGUGCAACUGCAUUUCCGGUAUGAUUAACUCGAAUUUGAUCUUUAGUAAUAACAUGUUUUCUGGGUAAUGAUAUGUUUCCUUCACUUUCCUUUAUAGUUAUGUCGGUAGGGUUUGAAAAUAUGAUAGUUUGAUGACAUUCUGGAAUUAGUUUGCCAUUUUCUUUUUAUGCAUGUAUAUACCACAAAUAUAUAAGUUCAUAUAUAUAUAUGGAUAGUGUUACAUUUACCAUGAAAUUCUACAAAGUAUCUUAACCUUACUUACAAUUUUC